CUUCCUGGAGGCUGCGGCGCACGGCUUGCAGAGGGAAGGGACGGGCUGCUGGGCCCAUGUUGGCUGCAGAGGGGGGACUCCCGCAGGGCCGCCCCCAUGUUGCGUUUUCCGACCUGUUUCCCGUCCUUUCGGGUGGUGGGAGAGAAGCAGCUGCCGCAGGAGAUUAUUUUCCUGGUUUGGUCGCCCAAGCGGGAUCUCAUUGCUUUGGCCAACACAGCGGGCGAGGUUUUACUUCAUCGACUUGCAAGUUUUCAUCGAGUUUGGAGCUUUCCACCAAAUGAAAAUACAGGAAAGGAAGUGACCUGUCUGGCUUGGAGACCAGAUGGCAAACUUUUGGCCUUUGCUCUUGCUGACACCAAGAAAAUUGUUUUGUGUGAUGUGGAAAAACCUGAAAGCUUGCACUCUUUUUCUGUGGAGGCUCCAGUUUCUUGUAUGCAUUGGAUGGAAGUGACUGUAGAAAGCAGUGUUCUAACAUCCUUUUAUAAUGCUGAAGAUGAAUCAAAUCUUCUCUUACCUAAAUUACCUACAUUGCCAAAAAAUUACAGCAACACCUCAAAAAUAUUUAGUGAAGAAAAUUCUGAUGAAAUUAUUAAGCUCUUGGGAGAUGUCAGGCUUAAUAUUCUUGUCCUUGGAGGAAGCUCUGGAUUUAUUGAGCUUUAUGCUUAUGGAAUGUUCAAAAUUGCUCGAGUCACAGGAAUUGCUGGUACUUGUCUGGCCUUAUGUUUAUCAAGUGAUUUGAAAUCAUUAUCAGUGGUCACAGAGGUUUCUAGCAGUGGUGCUUCAGAAGUUUCAUACUUUCAGCUUGAAACCAAUCUAUUGUAUUCUUUCUUACCUGAAGUAACUCGGAUGGCCAGAAAAUUUACUCACAUUUCAGCUCUUUUACAGUAUAUUAAUUUGUCACUAACAUGUAUGUGUGAAGCAUGGGAAGAAAUACUGAUGCAGAUGGAUUCUCGUCUCACCAAGUUUGUACAGGAAAAGAACACAACCACUUCAGUGCAAGACGAAUUCAUGCAUCUCCUGUUGUGGGGAAAAGCAAGUGCUGAACUUCAGACUCUCUUGAUGAACCAGUUAACAGUAAAGGGCUUAAAAAAGCUUGGCCAGUCUAUAGAGUCAUCAUAUUCCAGUAUACAAAAAUUGGUUAUAAGUCACUUACAGAGUGGCUCAGAGUCUUUAUUAUAUCAUUUGAGUGAAUUGAAAGGAAUGGCUUCAUGGAAGCAAAAAUAUGAACCUCUUGGACUAGAUGCUGCAGGAAUUGAAGAUGCUAUUACUGCUGUGGGUUCUUUUAUACUCAAGGCAAAUGAACUUCUUCAAGUUAUAGAUAGUAGUAUGAAAAACUUCAAAGCAUUUUUUCGGUGGCUCUAUGUGGCAAUGUUGAGAAUGACAGAAGACCAUGUGCUUCCUGAGCUGAAUAAGAUGACUCAAAAAGAUAUCACAUUUGUUGCUGAAUUUCUUACUGAACAUUUCAAUGAGGCUCCAGACCUUUAUAAUCGAAAAGGAAAAUACUUUAAUGUUGAAAGAGUUGGUCAGUACUUGAAAGAUGAAGAUGAUGAUCUUGUGUCACCCCCUAACAAAGAGGGAAACCAGUGGUAUGAUUUUCUUCAAAAAAGCAGCCACCUUAAAGAAAGUCCUUUGCUGUUUCCUUAUUAUCCUCGAAAAUCAUUGCAUUUUGUGAAAAGGCGGAUGGAGAAAAUUAUUGAUCAGUGUUUGCAAAAGCCAGCAGAUGUAAUUGGAAAAUCGAUGAAUCAAGCAAUCUGCAUUCCAUUAUAUAGAGAUACUAGAAGUGAGGACUCUACACGUAGAUUAUUCAAAUUUCCUUUUCUGUGGAAUAAUAAAACUUCAAAUCUACAUUAUCUCCUUUUUACUAUUUUAGAAGAUUCACUUUAUAAAAUGUGCAUUUUAAGGAGACAUACUGAUAUUUCCCAAUCUGUAAGUAAUGGACUAAUUGCUAUUAAAUUUGGAAGUUUUACAUAUGCCACAACUGAAAAAGUCCGAAGAAGCAUCUACAGUUGUUUAGAUGCACAGUUUUAUGAUGAUGAAACUGUAACGGUAGUUCUUAAAGACACUGUAGGACGUGAAGGAAGGGAUAGACUCUUGGUCCAGUUGCCAUUGUCUUCAGUGUAUAACAGUGAAGAUUCUGCAGAGUAUCAAUUCACUGGAACUUACUCUACAAGGCUAGAUGAACAAUGUAGUGCUAUUCCCACACGUACCAUGCAUUUCGAGAAGCACUGGAGAUUACUGGAAAGUAUGAAAGCACAGUAUGUUGCUGGGAAUGGUUUUCGAAAAGUGUCCUGUGUGUUAAGCUCCAAUCUCCGUCAUGUGCGGGUAUUUGAAAUGGACAUAGAUGAUGAGUGGGAACUCGACGAGUCUUCCGAUGAAGAGGAGGAGGCCAGUGAUAAGCCUGUAAAAAUAAAGGAAGAAGUGUUGUCCGAGUCGGAGACAGAGAACCAACCAGCCGGCACUGCUGCUUUAGCUCCAGAGAUAGUCAUUAAAGUGGAAAAACUUGACCCUGAGCUAGACUCAUAAUUUAGUUUGCCAUUUUUGUGUCUGUUAUUAAAGCAUAAAGGACAUAGGAGAUGGACUAAGACGUCUUGGACCACUUUUAAUUUUCUUUGUGUAACAAAGAAACAGUAAAUUUUACUUUUUCAUAUUCUGUUUCAUCUUCUCAGUGAUAUAGUCACUAUAAUAGACUUUCUUUUUGCUGAGAUAUCUUUUUAAUACUGUGUGCAGAGCUAGUCUUUAAGGAAAACAUAAAUUGAAUGUGAAGACAAAGUUCAGUCUUUCCGGUCAAAAGGUAGGUAUCAGGAAUUAUUCCUGUAUCAGAAAGAAAUUACAUUUAAAUAGUCAUUCAUCACUGGAUGUUUUGAUGCAUUUAGUAUUUUUAAACCGUAGACAUUUAUUCCUAUUUGUCCAUCUUCCCCUUCAGGUUCAUAUUAGGUCUCCAGGAUGCUUUCAAAAUUAUGUUUCAAAAUAAAUUAUAUUGAUUUACUGUAAUGCAAAGCCGAAGAUGGAUCUGUCUUUUAUGUCUUAAAUAGCAAAAACACUGCUUGAUAUUUACAUGAUUAUCUUUUCUUAUUUUGUUGCUGUAUUUGAACUCUGAAUUCUUUGAAUCAGCAGUGUUGAGAUGUGUCUUUUUCCUUGUUUUGACUUCGUCAAGGACAUACAGUCAUUAUCUAUUUGAUUGACUACUUGGGAACAUGAGAAAUAUGGAUCAACUAAACAUAAUCUAGCGUUAGUGUAGAUAAGCUGCUAUUGAUUUCCUAGUGCUCAUUCCUAAAACAGAAUAGUGCAAAGAAUUUCCAUUUUAUAUAUGAAUCCCAAUAUCAGUUCACUGAUAAAUGAAAAGAUCACUUUUUAAAGCUUUAAGUAUCUGUAGGCAGGAAGAUAGACUAUAACCAGGUGAGUGGGUAGGUAGCUGUUACACUUGGAUUUUAGGUACCUGUCUCUCUAGGUAGUCCAGCCUACUGAAGGGAAGACUAAAUGGAAGCCACAGCCGUGUGUGCGUAGCAUUCGGUGCUGAUCGGCAGGAGGCUGUGCUGGUCUGCAGCCUUGCCUGUGAUGGGCCUUAAACCCAGUUAAUAGUUAUUUAAAUGUUUACUAAUGGUUGGUCACUGUUCAUGGGAUAGUGCAGGAUGUCUUGCAUUAGCUUUUGUGAGCAAGAAAGGUAAACUGUCAGAUGACAUUACGGAGAAAUUGUAGGUUAUAGGUGUGUAUGGCAUUUUUUGAAUGAAUGUAUUGUACAGAUUUACCAUGUAACAUUUAAAGAGCUUAAAUGGAUCUUAGGGCAAAUAAUUACAGCUUAUUCCUAGAAUGAUUUACAGUUUUACAAUAAGCAGCCAGGUUUUUAUUAGUAAUCUGUCCCACGUGACUUCAGCAUUGGAUUUGUAAAGAUUUUUCGAUAUGUACAUGUUUGCUUUCUGUGGUUCCAGCCCAGACAUAAGUUGAAACUGAGACUCUCAAACUCUUCCCUUGUCUUGAACCAGGGAUCAGUAAUACUUCUAUGGAUAUACUAGCUAUCCCUUAACAUCGAGUUAAAUUAAGUAAUGUGACUCAUUCCUAAUUAUGGGAGAACUGUUUUUCAUUAAUGCUUCUAAUGUAUAUAGCAAAUAUUUAGGAACUAGAAUUGUAUCAAACUGAAAACAGUUUAAAUUGAUAUCUGAAUAUCUCAAGUUUUAAGGUGUAUAGAGCAAAUAAUUUUCUGUUUAUUGUAUGUUUAGAAAUAUGCUAUAAUUUUUAUAUCAUUAGACACUUUGCUUUUAAUAUUUAGAGUCAGUCUGAUCAUUACAGACUGUUACUUUAUUUUUAGUAUGUUUAGCUGCACAUGCUGAAUUUGAGUUUUGAAUUUAGUGAAAUGUGGGGAUAUGGAAGACCCUGGGGACCCCACAGCGCCUGGCCCUGAGACGGUGGGGUAAUUGAGUGCCUCUCUCGGGGUUGGAGGACUAAAUGAGAGGGGUACUUGUAGAGCGUUGUGGUUGGCACAUAUGAGAUACCUGAUAAAGACAAGCACUUCUUAUUUACAGUAUUCUGUUUUUCAAGGUAAAUUGUGUUCUAGGAAUUUAAAUAGUUUCUCUUCUUUUGCCAGACUUAAUAGAACUGUGACAAUAAAUAGUCUUUCUGAUUCUC